AUGUCGGUACAAUCUUUAGUUAGCAAGAAAAAGAAAAGUUUUAUUGGAUUACCAGCUCCUCUAGGUUAUGUUCCUGGAUUAGGAAGAGGAGCUACUGGAUUUACAACUAGAUCUGAUAUUGGUCCAGCUCGAGAUGCAGAUGAUGCAACUGAUGAUCGACAUCCAGUACCAAUUAAAAAGAGUAGAACACAAGAAGAAGAAGAGGAAGAAGAUUUAAGUGAAGCAAAUUUUGAUGAAUUUGCAGGUUAUGGAGGUAGUUUAUGUAGUAAAGAUCCCUAUGAUAAAGAUGAUGAAGAAGCUGAUGCUAUUUAUGAGGCUGUAGAUAAGAGAAUGGAUGAGAAAAGGAAAGAAAGAAGAGAAGAGAAACUGAGACAAGAAUUAGAGAAGUUUCGUCAAGAAAGACCUAAAAUUCAACAACAGUUUUCAGACUUAAAGAGAGAUUUAGCUCAAGUAAGUUCAGAUGAAUGGAUGAGUUUACCUGAAGUAGGUGAUGCUAGAAAUAGAAAACAAAGAAAUGCAAGAGCUGAAAAGUUUACACCAGUACCUGAUAGUGUACUAGCUAAAGCUGCUUCUAGUGGAUCCAUGAAUACCAACUUGUCAGCACAAGAACAGAAAUUUGGAGGGUUAACAUCACCAUUUGGUACUAUAACACCAGGUUUCUCUACCUCUAGUAGUGAUAUUGAUAUGAGAAAAAUAGGACAAGCUAGAAACACUCUGAUGGAUAUUAAACUUACGCAGGUAUCUGAUUCUGUAACAGGACAGACAGUAGUAGAUCCUAAAGGUUAUUUAACAGAUUUACAGUCUAUGUUACCUACACAUGGUGGAGAUAUCAAUGAUGUUAAAAAAGCUAGAUUAUUAUUAAAAUCAGUGAGAGAGACCAAUCCUAAACAUCCACCAGCCUGGAUAGCUUCAGCUAGGUUAGAAGAAGUUACUGGUAAAGUUCAAGCUGCUAGAAAUUUGAUUAUGAAAGGAUGUGAAGAAUGUCCUAAAUCUGAAGAUGUUUGGUUAGAAGCUGCUAGACUAAUGCCUGGUGAUCAAGCUAAGGCUGUUAUUGCUCAGUCUGUAAGACAUCUACCUAAUUCUGUUAGAGUCUGGAUUAAAGCUGCUGAAAUAGAACCUGAAUUAAAGGCUAAGAAAAGAGUGUUUAGAAAAGCUUUAGAACAGAUUCCUAAUUCUGUGAAGUUAUGGAAGACAGCUGUAGAACUAGAAGAAGAAGAAGAUGCUAGAAUUAUGUUAUCUAGAGCUGUAGAAUGUUGUUCUACUAGUGUAGAGUUAUGGUUAGCCUUGGCUAGGUUAGAAACCUAUGAAAAUGCUCGUAAAGUUUUAAAUAAAGCCAGAGAAAAUAUACCAACUGAUAGACAGAUUUGGAUAACAGCUGCUAAAUUAGAGGAAGCUAAUGGUAAUACUGCUAUGGUGGAGAAAAUUGUAGACAGAGCUAUCAACUCACUGAGAAGUAAUAUGGUAGAGAUUAAUAGAGAACAAUGGAUUAAAGAUGGUGAAGAUUGUGAGAAAUCUGGUAGUAUUAUAACUUGUCAGUCCAUUAUCCGUAAUGUUAUCAGUGUAGGGGUAGAAGAAGAAGAUAGAAAACAUACUUGGAUGGAAGAUGCAGAUUCUUGUGCAUCUCAUCAAGCGUAUGAAUGUGCUCGUGCUAUUUAUGCCCAUGCUCUGACAGUGUUCCCCAGUAAAAAGAGUAUUUGGUUACGUGCUGCUUAUUUUGAAAAGAAUCAUGGUUCAAGAGAAUCUUUAGAAGCUUUGUUAAAACGUGCUGUAGCUCAUUGUCCUAAAGCAGAAGUCUUAUGGUUGAUGGGAGCUAAAUCAAAAUGGCUGGCUGGUGAUGUACCGGCAGCACGUAGUAUUCUAGCUCUAGCUUUUCAAGCUAAUCCUAACAGUGAAGAGAUCUGGUUAGCUGCUGUUAAAUUAGAGAGUGAAAAUAAUGAGUUUGAAAGAGCUAGACGUCUAUUACAGAAAGCUAGAGCUAGUGCUCCUACUGCUAGAGUAUUUAUGAAGUCUGUAAAGUUAGAAUGGUGUCUACAAGAUAUAUCUACAGCUAAACAAUUAUUAGAUGAUGCUGUCUCACAUUAUCCUGAUUUUGCUAAGUUAUGGAUGAUGAAAGGUCAGAUAUUACAACAAGCCAGUAAAAUGGAGGAAGCUAAGGAAGCCUAUAAUCAGGGGUUAAGAAAAUGUCCACAAUCAACAGGUUUAUGGUUAUUAAUGUCUAGACAAGAAGAGAAAUUAGGACAUUUGACUAAAGCGAGAUCUAUCAUGGAAAAAGCUAGACUUAAAAAUCCAAGAUGUCCAGAACUUUGGUUGGAAGCUGUAAGAGUUGAAAAUAGAGCUGGAUUAAGAAAUAUAGCAUCUACAUUAAUGGCUAAAGCACUACAAGAAUGUCCUAACUCUGGUAUAUUAUGGGCAGAAGCUAUAUUUAUGGAACCACGACCUCAGAGAAAAACAAAAUCUGUGGAUGCAUUGAGAAAAUGUGAACAUGAUCCUAAUGUGUUAUUAGCAGCUUCUAGAUUAUUUUGGACAGAAAGAAAACUAAGUAAAACUAGAGAUUGGUUUAAUAGAACAGUUAAAAUAGAUCCUGAUCUAGGUGAUACCUGGGCUAAUUUUUAUAAAUUUGAAUUAAUGCAUGGAGAUGAGAGAAGUCAAAAUGAAAUAUUAAAAAGAUGUACGGCAGCUGAACCUCAUCAUGGUGAAUAUUGGUGUGAGAUAUCUAAAGAUAUUAAACAUUGGAGGUUACGUACAGAGGAAAUAUUACCAUUAGUAGCUAAUGCUAUACCAUUGCCUACAUAA